CAGCAAGAGAGAGAAAAAGAGAAUGAAAGAAUAGAAAGUGAGAGACAGAGAGAAAUGGAGAGAAGGAAGGAGAGAGAGGGAGAGAGAUGGAGACAAAAGAGAAAGAGGGGGAGAGAGUCAAAGGGAAAGAAAAAGAUUGAAAGAGAGGGGGACUCUCCAUUCCUUUGCUCUGCCCGUCCCACAGCACUGCGCUGGGCCAUUGGCCCUUGUCCCUCCUGCCUCUUGGGAAGAAUUCCCAGUACCCUCAGGGCCAGGCUGGACUCGGUGGCCGGGACCAACCUGCUCGACAGCUUCUGA